AUGCACAUCAAUACAUCAGGACUGUUAGCACUGAUCUGUUUGCAUGUAUGCUUCCCCACUCCAGUGAACUCAUGGUGGUUACUCUCCAAAGCUGAUACGUCAUCACCCAACUCUGCAAGUUCACCAAUUCUUUGUAAAAAUGUGCCCGGACUAACACCCCAACAGAAACGAAUGUGCCAUGAAAAUCCCAAUGUUAUAAAAUACUUGAUUUCCGGACUUCGCAGCGCUCUUCAUACAUGUGAAUACACGUUCCAACGAGAAGCGUGGAAUUGUACAUUGACAUUACCUGGUGUCGGAACUUCUCCUCUCCAGAUUGCCUCCCGUGAAUCAGCUUAUGUAUACGCGAUUUCUGCCGCCGGUGUGUCACAUUCUCUGGCUCGUGCUUGUUCAAAGGGCCUUAUCGACGACUGUGGUUGUGGAGAAACACCACAAGGAUCCGACAGUGUCUCAAUCUCAUCGAGAUCUCGUUCUCCGAGUGAUUUUGUUUGGGCUGGAUGUUCAGACAAUGUCAAGUUUGGCAACUCUUUUGGCCGAAAAUUCGUUGACCAAUACGACCGUCAACAUGCGACCGAGCCUCGUUCCCAGAUGAAUUUGCACAAUAAUCGAGUCGGGCGACGUCUCCUUGCCAAUGCGAUGAACAGAGAAUGCAAAUGUCAUGGAGUUUCGGGAAGUUGUGUUACAAAAACUUGUUGGAAAGUGAUGCCGAAAUUCGAUGAGUUUGCUGCACGACUUCAUGAAAAGUACCAGCUUGCGAAGCUUGUCACCAACAACGAUCAAAAACUAUUCGUAAGAAGCACUCCGUCUGCAGGACUAUCGGGGGGAAGAACAGAGAGAUACGUCAAAACUUUGGAAGCUUCUUCAAAGCAAAUGCGAAACGAACUGAUUUACCUCGAUGCUUCUCCCAACUAUUGUGCAAUUGACGUCAAGGAUCGUGAAUGUGGUGAGAACUGUCAGAAUAUCUGUUGCGGCAGAGGAUGGCGAACAACGCGCGAAAUCGUCGACGAGCCGUGUCAUUGCCAGUUCGUGUGGUGCUGUGAAGUCAAAUGUAAAACGUGCAAAAAACUGGUUGAACGAAACUUCUGUCUUUAA